CCCAAACAACUCCUCUUCCUCCUCCUCCUCCUCUUGGAGGUCCUUCCCUCUGCAGGUUGCUAUGCGGGAACCCUGCACUUGGUAGUGGUUACACAACUCUAAACUUUGAGAAAAUCACCAAGUUACACACUUAAAAGUGGGUGCAUUUUAUAGUAUGUCAAUGAUACCUCCAUAAAAUCAUUAUACCAAAACCCUGCCCUUGGCCUCAAUGCCCUGCCCAGUUGAAACCCUGCCAGCCCUGUGGCCACUCCUCACACCCACAUCCCCCAGGUCUUAAGAAGCCUUUCAGGUGCAGCAUCUUUCUGGGCCCAUCUCCCCGUCCUCUACUCCCAGGCUAGUUGAACUCAACCCCUCAGGGCCCCACUGGAUUUCCCCCCAACUCUCCAGCCACAUUGGGUAGGUGGGCUGAAUGAACCCAGCCCUGCUCCCACGCACUGCUGCAAUGCAGUGUGUCCUGCACUGCCUCCCAGUUCCAAGGAGCACUGGGCUGCCUUGGGGGUCAGGGAUGGGAGGCUGUGUACAAGCAGCUUCUGGAACAUCUGGCUGUAACUCCCUGGGUACCUAUGCACUUAAGCUAACACCACAGUCCCAGCCCACUGGUUUUCUCCCCACGGCCCCCACCAUCUCGCCUGAGGGGCUCUGUCAGAGGUGAGUUGAAGGCUCUUUUGAGGCUGAAGAUGAAGAGAAGGCACUGCCACCACCUCCGGUGACCUCAUUGUCAGCUGGCAUUAUGAUGUCACUGGCCCAGUAUUCCAGGUUCCUGGUUCCUGGCUGGGCAUUAUCCCCAAGCUCCCAGGGUUGGGGACACUGCCCAGGGUCUGUGACAGCUCGUCCCUUGAACACCAAAGAGAGAGUGAAGACACUUCCCCGUGGACACCUGCCAUGUGCUGCCCUGAGCAGUGAGGCCCAGCAGGCGUCUCGGUUGCGGGUGGCAGGGGUUGGUGCUCGUCCGUGAACCCCAGCAGUUGGCAGGCUCCCUGGGCAGCGGGGUCUGGGCCUCGGCCCCACCAUGUCAAGCCUGGGCAGUGGUUCCCAGGAUGCCGCUGGCGGCAGCAGCAACAAUGGCAGCAACAGUAAUACCACCAGCAGCAGCAGCACCACCAGUGGCGGUGGCAGCAACAGUGGCUUAAAGGCAGGAGCAGCAGAGAAGAGCGCACCCACGGCCACAGCCACCCCAGCUUCCGUGGCAGAUGAUGCCCCACCCCCCGAGCGCCGGAACAAGAGUGGCAUCAUCAGCGAACCCCUCAACAAGAGCCUGCGCCGCUCGCGCCCGCUCUCCCACUACUCUUCCUUUGGCAGCGGAGGCAGCAGCAUGAUGGGCGGGGAGUCUGCAGACAAGGCUGCUGCUGCCGCCGCUGCCGCCUCCCUAUUGGCCAACGGGCACGACCUGGCAGCAGCCAUGGCGCUGGACAAAAGCAACCCUACCUCAAAGCACAAAAGUGGUGCUGUGGCCAGCCUGUUGAGCAAGGCCGAGCGGGCCACGGAGCUGGCUGCCGAGGGACAGCUGACGCUGCAGCAGUUUGCGCAGUCCACGGAGAUGCUGAAGCGUGUGGUACAGGAGCACCUGCCACUCAUGAGUGAGGCAGGCGCCGGCCUGCCUGAUAUGGAGGCUGUGGCGGGUGCCGACGCCCUCAACGGCCAGUCCGACUUCCCCUACCUGGGUGCUUUCCCCAUCAACCCGGGCCUCUUCAUCAUGACCCCGGCUGGCGUGUUCCUGGCCGAGAGCGCGCUGCACAUGGCUGGCCUGGCCGAGUACCCCAUGCAGGGUGAGCUGGCCUCAGCCAUCAGCUCGGGCAAGAAGAAGCGGAAACGCUGCGGGAUGUGUGCGCCCUGCCGGCGGCGCAUCAACUGCGAGCAGUGUAGCAGUUGUAGGAACCGAAAGACUGGCCAUCAGAUUUGCAAAUUCAGAAAAUGUGAGGAACUCAAAAAGAAGCCUUCCGCUGCUCUGGAGAAGGUGAUGCUUCCGACGGGAGCCGCCUUCCGGUGGUUUCAGUGACGGCGGCGGGACCCCAAAGCUGCCCUCUGCGUGCAAUGUCACUGUUCGUGUGCUCUCCGGCAAGGGAUUCGGGCGAAGACAAACGGACGCACCCGUCUUUAGAACCAAAAAUAUUCUCUCACAGAUUUCAUUCCUGUUUUUAUAUAUAUAUUUUUUUGUUGUCGUUUUAACAUCUCCACGUCCCUAGUCUAAAAACGAAAAAGAAAAACAAUUAACUGCUUUUUUCAGAAGAACAACAAACAACAACAACAAAAAGAGGUAAAGAUGAAUCUAUAAAAUACCGAGACUUCCUGGGCAAAGAAUGGACAAUCAGUUUCCUUCCUGUGUCGCUGUCGAUGUUGUCUGUGCAGGAGAUGCCGUUUUUUGUGUAGAGAAUGUACAUUUUCUGUAACCUUUUGAAAUCUAGUUACUAAUAAGCACUACUGUAAUUUAGCACAGUUUAACUCCACCCUCAUUUAAACUUCGAUUCUUUCCGACCAUGAAAUAGUGCAUAGCUUGCCUGGAGACUCCACUCACGUUCCUAAAGAGGUCCAUGGCCGAUGGCACUGCGUGACGCCCUCAGGCCCGGCAAGUGGUUGAGCAGCAGGGGGCGGGCGCGUGCCCCCUGCCCCCUACCCCCCCCAUGGCCCAGGCCACCAGCUGUGCUGCACCUGCAGUGCCCAGAAUGGGAACCCCGCUCCCAUUGCCGCAGUGAUGAUUUCGGAAAACUGAAUCCUGUGCAUUUAUGCCUUGAGAUUGAGGGGAGCCUGUCUCUUACUUCUGAUCCUGGCUACUUCCCUUAGAGAAAACAAAAAAAAAAAUUUUUUUUUUUUUAAAUCUGGCCUUGCUAAUGGCGGCAGAAGAAAGGGCUUCUUGGCGUGGCCCCCUGCCCGUGGGGGUGGGUGUCCAGGGGCCCCCCUGCUCAUGGCCAGCUUCCUGCUGAUGAACAUGCUGUUUGUAUUGUUUUAGGAAACCAGGCUGUUUUGUGAAUAAAACGAAUGCAUGUUUGUGUCACGAA